CGGGCGAUUUGAAAUCGUACUUUUCCAUAGCGCCAUGGAGCCGCCUGAGGUUGAUGAAGCGGCUUUGGCUCUGCCGAAGGCCAAAGACGUUUUACAGCUGCGGCAAUUCCCCGUGGUGUACCGGGCGAGUGCCAAGGUGCAGCAACGCGGCAUGAUGGAUGGAGUUUACUUCGAGCAGACCAUGGGAAGGAUGAUGCUCAUUUGCCCCCUGGAGAAAACUGACACAGAGCUGGACGAGGACAACUUCAAGGUUGAGAUGUCCUGCUGGAAGAUCGUUGUCAGCAAGCGCGUCGCAGGCUGUGACUCAAAGCUGUUUGAUCAGGAGACCUGUGGUGACAUCCAUCGGGAUUUGUCCUGGUGGAAGGUUGAUCGGGCGGAUGCGGCGGGAAUUAACGCAAGAUGCCUGGUGAUUCACUUGGCCAAAGUGCGCCAUUCUCUCUGGGCUGGGCCCUGGUAUCCAGGAGGCUUGAAUCCGCACAAGAAGCUGCACUUUCCAUGGACGGAACUGCAGGGCCCAAAGGACAUCUUGAAGGGCUUGAAGAUCGACGUUGAGGCCCUCAAAAACAUUGAGCCCGGAGAGCCAGAGGACUGGAACCACGAGAUCAGCGCCGCCAUGACGCCUGAGCAGCUUUGCACUGGUAUCGACAUCCGGGAGUCCGAGGGUCUGCUUCAAGUUGUCAUUCAUUUGGAUGACGGAGCUCUAGAAGGGGCAACUGGGCGCGUGCCUCUGGAAGAACUCUUUGCUGCGGACAUCUCAGAAGAUGAGUUGAGCGUUUUUCUCCGGGGUGAUGGGUUCCAGAUUUGCACGGGUCGCUUUACGCAGAAAGUGGUCCCUGAGAUGAGCGCCUGGCAGAUUCGAUCAGUUCGACGAAAGAAUUUGCCGGAGGACUGCGCCGUGAAGUCCCCAGCCUUCUUCAACCCCGCGCUGCGCAUCACGUUGACGAAGGCCAAGAUGUGCGUCGGCAAGUGGGACGAGAUCUUCCAGGACUUUCAGCACUGCCCAUUCGGGUACCCCAGAGACCGCCUGGAUUGGAGUGAUAGAGUGAACCGAUGUAUGGUGCUGCUUCCCGGCUCUCCGAGCAACAAGGUGGGCAAGGCGAAAAGAGCGCAGGCUUUGGUCACGCGAGUGGAGGGCAAGCAGGACUUGCUCCUGAAUCGUGUGGUUUUGCUCUUUCACCUGGAGGACAAGCUCGCCUGGUUGUGCGAGAGCCAGCGAGUGAACAUGCACGACCUCUUCACCUUUUUGAUUGGAGCGCGUUCCGUGCAAGUGAGCUUCGUGGCAGACAGUGAGUACGCCAUGUGCUGGGGCAGAUUGGGGGGCGAGUGCGUCCCGGAGUCUGCAUCCAUGGAGAUCUUCAUGGAUAACGGCGAUGAUCAGGAGGAGCACCCCAUCUUGAAGCUUGGCUUGGCCAAGGCCAACAACUCUCGGCAGCGAUGGGAGGAGGUCUUCACGCGGCUACAGCCUUGGGAAGCAUCCAAGGCCAUGAUUGAGGAAUGCCAGCGGCCACUCGAGCUGGAGGAUGAGGAGGAAAUGGUGACCACCGCCGGCGAGAUGUGAUGAACCCAGCCCCAGAUGGUCCUACAAGCUGACUACUGGCUGCUAAGGGUUGGUACGGCUUCAAAAACAUA